UGGUUGUGGACCUACUUUUUGUUUAUAAAUUUGGUCUUCAAAUUCUACUUUAAUGACCAAUGACUGCUAAAGUAUUAUCUUUGCAAAUUGUUUGUUUCUUGUCUAAGGAUGAGUGACUGUGAUUUUGCAUUUUUGCCUAUCCUCAACCGUAGGAUUUGGAUGCAGCGGAGGCACUCAUUCAAGGUUAGUCACGAUGAGCAUCUAAUAGCUGGAAGCUCAGAUGAGGUCUGGGUGGUUUCUCAAGGCAAGGUGGCGCCUUUUCUUGGUAAUUUUCAGGACUAUAGGAAGGUGCUUCAGUUUUCCUUGAAUAAGGUGAAUCUAGUUAUUGACAUCAAGAGAGAGUGGUUCAAUGGGUUCACAUUACCUUACAAAACAGAAAAUGAGGCUCAGCUACAUAGAGAAAGCGAAAAAGGACGAAGAGAGGAUUGUUGCUGAUAUACAGGACGGACUCACAGUCACACUGGCCCUCGUUUGUCAUAUAUACUUGAUAAGGGCUCGUGGAAGGAUGAGUCUAAGUUUUUGACAUUGAGCAUGCAGUAUCAUUUGCAAUAGCUUAAGAACUGAGUUGGGAUUGUGGUCCUGGUAUAAUUUAUGAUUCUUUGCACAUUUUGUCCUAGCAAUAGGUCCAUUUGUUGUGCCCCUGGAAGUUUGAUACUCUAUCGCCGCGGAAGUCAGCUUUCCGAUGCACAGUAAAAUGAUUUAAUCAUUUGCGAAAGAACCAUUUUAGCACAGUAAAUUAUUUUGUAAGACAAUCUAUUUUUUGAGAAAGCUGUAUGAAUAUAUUUUCCC